UGCACUGCAUACGAAGCAAUUUCCAGACAGACGUCGUGCUGUAUGUUAUGGCAUUGGCGUGCGACUGCACAAGCCGAGUUGAUUUCUGUCAAACCUAGUCAACAAGCCUUACGAGUUCCUUCAUCAUUGAUUUCCCAUGUUGGGAAGAUAAUUUCCAAUAAUUAUUACCCGUAUAUUGUCGGCUGGUCCAAUUGCGUCGACGGCUUGUAAUCCUGGAAGAAACGGAAAAUGUAAUCAGUAAAUCGGAGACGGUGUUGGAUUUUUUCCAUCCCGGUGUGGAGUCCCGCAGGUGACCCGUGAUAUUCCAGGAACGGAUGGACUGCCUGCAUCCUGUUUGGGUGCAUUGUGAAGAUGAAGAGUUCUAUUAUAUUUGGAUGCAUUUUGAGCGGAUUCGGUGCACUCUGGAGUGUGGGAGACGCUAUUAAGCCAGCGCCACUCGGUGGUAUCACGUGUGUGUGUACGCUGUGCCCCAACAAGACCUGUCACACGGACGGUGUGUGUCUGACGCAGGUGGUCCGGCAGAAGGACGGCGUGGUGGUGCGAUGGGACAAUUGUCUGGCCAAGUACCAGCUCUUCCCACCGGAACAUCCCUUCCUAUGUCUGGUGUCGGAGGCCCUCCGGGAGACCAACGCGGUGGGCUGCUGCGCGGAAGGGGAUUUGUGUAAUCGCGACUUGAAUGUCACGCUGGCCGAACCGCUGACGCUGGCGCCAGCGUCAGCCGCCAGCACCGGUGACCCGUGGGAGACAUCCGGGAGUCGCCAGCUGAUAAUCGGCAUAGUGGCCGCUGUCAUCGUCGUCCUGGUGCUGCUGGCCGCGCUCGGUGUGUUCAUGUGGCGCCGUCACACCACCCAGCUGGCGGCCAAGGCGCCGGGCGGGAAGGAAGCCAUGCGGCUGCUGGAGGAAGGACAGUCGGGCGCACUCAGCGCCCUCGUGGGGGAGAUGACCACGUCCGGCUCGGGAUCGGGUCUGCCGCUGUUGAUUCAGCGCACCAUCGCCCGCCAGGUGUCCCUGAUCAACCCCAUCGGGAAGGGCCGCUACGGGGAAGUGUAUCUGGGCCGCUGGCAGGGGGAGAACAUUGCGGUGAAGAUGUUCUCGACGCGCGACGAGGCCAGCUGGAAGCGCGAGGUGGAGAUGUACCAGACGGUGAUGCUGCGGCAUGAGAAUCUCCUCGGCUUCAUCGCCGCCGACAACAAGGACAACGGCCUGGUGACGCAGUUGUGGCUGCUCACCGAGUACCACGAGCUCGGGUCGUUGUACGAUUAUCUGACGCGGACACCGGUGGAUGUGCCGGGCAUGCUGCGGCUGUGCUUCUCCCUGGCCAACGGACUGGCGCAUCUCCACAUGGAGAUUGUCGGUGUGUCCACGCUCGGGAAGCCGGCGAUCGCCCAUCGCGACCUAAAGAGCAAGAACAUUCUGGUGAAGCGGAAUCUGCAGUGCGCCAUCGCCGAUCUGGGCCUGGCCGUCGCCUACGAUCACACCGGCCACAUCAAUCUGCCGCACAACGAUAAGGUGGGCACGGUGCGCUAUCUUCCACCGGAAGUGCUGGAUAGCAACCUCAAUUUAACCAACUUCGAGUCCAUCAAGGCCGUGGAUGUGUACGCACUGGCGCUGGUCCUUUGGGAGAUCUGCCACCGCUGCGCCUUCGCAGGUCCUGCUGCGGAGUAUGAGUUGCCGUAUGCCAAUGAUGUCCCGGGUGAUCCGGAUGUGGGACAGAUGCGGGAGGUGGUGGUGGUGAAGAAGACACGGCCCAGCAUCCAUAAUCAGUGGAGCACGCGCGAGCCGAUGCAGACGAUGUGCCGGUUGAUGCGCGAAUGCUGGUAUCCCAAUCCGCAGGCCCGGCUGACGGCGUUGCGCGUAAAGAAGACCAUCGCCCAGCUGGUGGCCACCGGGGACGUCAAGAUAUAAUGCGGAUGUGAAGAUAUAACACGACACAGUGAACUCGGGAAAACGCUGUUUACGGUGGGGAAUCUCCUGGUUUUUUGGCUGAAAACGGAGGCAACACGGGGGCUUUUGUAAUUGGCGGGACAGGCGAGUCGGGGCGCGCUGGAAAGCCCGGUCUGUGAUAAUUUCCGGGGAAUUAUUAUGAAAAACGCCGAGAGCGAUGCAGGGUUUUUUUUGUUUUUGAUUUUUAAUGCGGUAUUGUGGCGGACUGUGGUUGCGGGGGUGACUGGAGGAUUGGCUUUCAUAGGGACGCCCAUGGGAUUUUCAGCCAGCGAUAUUGGAAUGGUUUUUGUUUUUUUUUUCAAAAUACUUUUACAGAGUUGGAUCUUUUUGUCAGGCUUCUAUUGUUGCGUGCAACGGUCUGUGUGUGUUUACUUGAUACCCGUUCAAGAAAUUGCGAAUAUAUCUGAUUAAUUUUAUUAGUCAUGGACAUUUGAUUUGGACAGGGAGUGCUUUGAAUAAAGCGACAAUGAUAUUA